UGUUCUUUCUCCUAUAACUGUAUUUGCAGAUACUCUCACUCAUGAAUAUUUCUCAGAGUAGUGCGGGUCUUGGCACCGUGCUGCCUCUUACUAGUUUCGAGAACGUGCUUUUGUUUCUCUUCAAUGUAAUCCUCGCCACCGCCAUCAUUUUCCUCAACGUGUCCGUGUUUCUGUCCAUCAUGAUGAACAGAUCCCUGCGCAGCGAGAACCGCUUCAUGUACAUGCUCAGCACGUGUCUCAGUGACAUCUGCUCGGGCGUCUCGUAUUAUUAUGCUGGAGUUCUGGAUGUACGCGAUUAUUAUGACUCUCCGACACGCACUUUCUAUAUCGUUCCCACUUUUCUGGGUCUGUCCUAUAUGGCGAUUCUGGCCGCGCAGGCGGACCGUUACCACGCGGUCUCAGCGCCUUUCAAAUACUCGCAGCGCAUGACCCGAAACAGAACCCUGCUGGUGAUUCUGGCCUACUGGAUUUAUGCUUUUUUGAUUGUGGCUGUUAGUAAUUUGGUGACUCUGGGUGUCGCUAAGAAAGUGACGAGCUUUGGUACUUUUGUGGCGAACAUUUUCACCGUCAUUAUUAUGAUUGGUUUGAACGUCAGGCUGUUUUUCAUCGCCAAAUUCCAGCUAGAACGCGAACCGCCGAGCGCGGAAAGGGACAACAAGAGCGCGUCUAUUUACCUCAUCAUAAUAGUGGCUGUAUGUUUUUUGAUCGCGUGGUUGCCAAUUUUUCUUCAUGUUAUUGCGUGUAAUUUCGCGGGGUCCACGUGCUAUACGUUCAGAAAUGAGGGUUCAGACCCUCUGCGCAUUCUGCCACGGGUAAAUGCAGUUCUGACUCCCUUAUUGUAUAUCAGGGGCUGUUCUGCACUAAGGAGCACCCUACUAAGUAAAGUCUGGAGAACAAAAUGCUGCAAGAGGAAAAGUGUGAACCCUCUGUCAGUAUAAGAAGAAUGAAGCUGUCAUCUUCAAGAUGUGAUCUGUCAAGCUUAGGCAAGAAAGAAAAAGAGUUUAAAAGAUCAAGUGCCUCCUGAAAAUCUCACUUUACAUUUGUUUCUGGCUGUUUUCUUGUUUCUGAAAUCACAAUAAAGUCAUAUUUUUAAUAUCACAAGAUAUCACCAAUAUCACUGAUGCUGGCAGGGGUGUGGAUGCGGUAUGGAAAACUUAAAAUUGUCAAUAUCGUUAUCAAUAUUCCUUGAGUA